AGCACAAUGAGUCAAGUGACAGGAUGGCCAUGACAGAGCAAGUUGACGGCCUCGCGCACGAGCUGUCGAGCCUUGAUUUCCACCAUCCAUAUACCCCGUAUGAUGUCCAGAACCAGUUUAUGCAGACGGUGUAUCGGGUCCUAGAGACUGGGAACGGGCAAGUAGGGAUUCUGGAAAGCCCGACUGGAACUGGUAAAUCUCUCUCGCUCAUCUGCGCAUCUCUGACAUGGCUUCGGAAUCACAAGGCCACCAGGCAAGAGGCAGCGCUGCGGGAAGCAGGAGAGUCGUACAAAGAUGAACCAGCCUGGAUCGUUGAGCAGCUUCUAUCCCGGAAACGGAAUGAACUGCUACGGCAGUGGGAAGACAGAGAGAAGCGCCUCGCGUCUAUCCGGCUGAAGGAAAAGGCGCAGGAGGAAAGAGGUCGAAAGAGACGUCGUGUGGAUGACGUUUCUGCAGCUCCUGAAACCACAGCGGACGAAGAUGCCGAAUGGCUGCUGGAUGCUGAUGAUGAUGAAGUAAGCGAACGAGAUGCCUUGUCCGGCCUAAGUACGGAAUCACGGGAGAUUCUCGAAAAGAUCGGCCUGGGGGGGCGCAUCUACUAUACAUCCAGAACUCAUUCGCAAUUGUCACAGUUCAUAUCAGAGCUGCGCCGCCCAGUGUUCCCGCCCUCGCUGCCACCGUCUGUUGCAAAAGCGUCAGAUGUCUCCCCAAUGGAGCCCGUGAAGCUGUUGCCGUUAUCAUCGCGGCAAAAGCUCUGCAUCAAUCCAUCUGUUGCUCGCCUUGGGUCUGUUCAAGCCAUCAAUGACCGCUGCGCGGAGCUCCAACAAGCAAAAUCUGGCAAGAAAUGCUCCUUUGUGCCCAAGGAGGAGCUACUCAGCCAAACACACCAGUUUCGAGACUCUGCUCUGGCGACACUCCCCGAUAUCGAAGACUUGCAUCUCCUCGGAAAGUCCUUGUCAAUAUGCCCCUACUAUGCCUCCCGCACGGCCUUGCCCGGAGCUGAAAUCAUCACACUACCAUACCCGCUUCUGCUGCAGCAGAGUGCUCGCGAGGCUUUGGGCAUCAAGCUGGAGGGAAACGUGGUGAUAAUCGACGAGGCGCAUAACAUUCUCGAUGCAAUAUCCAACGUGCACGCCGCAGAGAUUCAGUUGAGCGAUCUGCGCAGGGGUCGCCAGAUGCUCGGAGUCUACGUCAAACGGUUUGGCAAGAAGUUGAAGGGAAUAAAUCGAGUCAACGUAGGGAGGGUUGGGAGGAUCAUUGACGGGCUUUCAGAAUGGCUUGAAGGGGCCCUGAAACUCAAGGUACGGCCGGGAACAGACGAACAUGGGAUUGUCGACCCAAAUGACCUCACGAGGCGCAAAGGCAUUGACCAGAUGAACAUCUACGAACUCAUCCAGUACAUACAGGAAUCGAAAUUGGCCUAUAAGAUUGAGAGCUACGUGGCUCACGUUGAGAACGGGGCAGACGGCAGCACGCCUGGACCUGCCAAAGCCGCCACUCCCGUCCUCCAUACUCUAGUCUCAUUCCUCAUCGCCCUUACGAAUCUCAGCUCCGAGGGCCGGAUAUUCUACCAAAAAACUCACGGGACCACGACGGACGUGAAACUCAGCUACCUCCUUCUGUCGCCAACUCACGCCUUCUCGUCGGUUGCCUCAAGCGCCAGGGCGGUCAUCUUGGCGGGCGGAACCAUGUCGCCCUUCCAAGACUACAAGGACCAAUUGUUUCCUACCCUUGAACCCGAGAAGGUGACAUCACUUAGCUGCGGGCAUGUUAUUCCGCCAGAGAACCUGUGCGUCUGGACUCUCGCUUCGAGCAAUCCCGCGGCGCCUCCGUUCGAGUUCAGUUUCAAGCAGCGAGGGAACAGAGAGAUGAUGACCCAGUUGGGACUGGCGAUCUUGAACGUUUGUAACAUUGUGCCUGACGGAGUGGUCGUUUUCUUUCCUAGCUAUGGCUACCUUGACGAGAUUGUGAAGGUGUGGCAGCAACGCCAGGGGGAGAGCUCCCAGACCACAUGGGAUCGGCUUCAAGCCCGAAAAUCGGUUUUCAGAGACUCCAAGGGGGAAACAAGCGAAGAUGUGCUGCGGGAUUACUCCCAAGCGAUCCUCGGGGCCCGGCCAGCUGGGGAUAAGCGCACCGGAGCGUUACUCUUGAGUGUUGUCGGCGGCAAGAUGUCCGAAGGAAUCAACUUCUCGGACCGCCUGGGACGGUGUGUGAUGGUCAUUGGACUGCCGUAUCCGAACAUUGCCUCGCCCGACUGGAAGGCAAAGCUCGAAUACAUCGAGUCUACGACCGAAGCUCGGCUCAUCAAACAAGGGCAAGGCCGCGGCGAGGCAACGGCUCAAUCCAAGCAGGCGGCGCGGGACUUUUACGAAAUCGCCUGCAUGCGGGCGGUCAACCAGAGUAUUGGUCGGGCUAUCCGGCACCGCGGGGACUAUGCGGCGAUUAUAUUGGUCGAUAGACGGUAUGGCACGGAUCGGAUCCGAGGGAAGCUGCCAGGAUGGAUUCGAGACGGGCUGGAGAAGGACAGUCACGAGAAGGGACUUGGAGCGUUGAUGGGGGCACUGGGGGGCUUUUUUCGCAAGAAGUCGCAAGCGGGCAGUGGUCCGUAG